GACUUCAUGAUGUCCUGAGACACUCUCCUAAUAUGCUCAUAGCUGUAUUUACUGGGAUACCUGUGGUAGCCCAGUCAUAAAAUGCAACUGUUUUUUUUUUCGUCAACCCGGAGAAAUCUGCAAUGUUGCGCAAUGCCCAGGAAGCCUAUGCGUUACUGAUUGUAUAUUUUUUAGUGUACUCAUUGCGAUUUUACACAAGUCUUUUUCUUACGCGAAGUAUCUAGCCUACUUUCCUACGAUACGUCAUCGCAAUGCGUAGUUACCAGAAACCUUCUGUGUCAUGGCCGCCAUCUUGAUUUUGAGAUUCCAGCUCUCAGAUCCAUGUUAUUUGAGCAGUUGAAGGCCCGAUUCACUAAUUAUUAACUGCAUAUUCUACCAUAGUCUCAAUUUCUACCAAGUUAUUUUGGAAAAUCAUCUCAGCUUGGAAUGAUUUCGCUGUAUUUGUGAUUUCGCUGAUUUCGUGUUUCCAUUUGCAACCCGAAGAGACCCGGAAACACGUGAAUGCUCGAGAUAAAAAUUCUAUGUGCUGGCUGCUUUAGGCUCAUACAGUUUACUUCAAGACGUAAUUAAAUGUGAUCUCGACACUCAUGAAUGGACUCGAGGUCUGUAACAAGCAACAAAUUGAGUUCCAUUUCAAGUGGCGCAUUUGCUGGCCUUAACUGUCUGCGAUAUCUAAACCUCAGCAUGAACCGAAUCAAGUCAUUCGAGGUCAGCAAUAUUUCAACUGAUUUGCCUUCACUUGCUAUCCUGGACAUGACGGGAAAUAACUGGUUGCUAAGCAACGACAUCCUUCUUCUCACCAGUCUCCUAGAAAUUCGCGGCACAAAGCUAAGCAAGAUGUGUUCCGAAUGUACCCUUAUCAAGGCAAAGGAAAUUUCUACAAAACUUGAAAACCUGAAAAAAGGGGAAUAUCUUAUUUACCUUGAAGGUUAUCCUUGUCGUGCAAGAGCUUACACUGUCAAGUCACUUCCGAGAACCAUCGCCAAAUAUGGAUUUAUUAGCAACUGUUUCGAAGAGGGACACAAAUGCUUUGAGCAAGAGAUACCUUCUGAAGUAACGUACCCAUGCUGGGACGUAACAAGACAGGUGGGCGGGUUGAACUACCUAUUUGGACCCCUAGCCAUUGUCUUGAAUCUGUGCGUAAUCACCACAACGAUGUACUCGAACCGUCUGCGCAAGAAUAUCGCAAUGCUCCUGGUAGCAAACCUCGCCUUUGCGGACUUUUUGAACGGAUUGUAUUCGUUAUCUAUCACUGCCGUCCGCCAGCAGAGGACCUUUCAAGAGAUGCUCAAGUUCACAAGCACGAGUUGCAGCUACCUUGGGUUUCCAUGGAUGUUUGCCACUGAGCUUUCCGUCAACACACUCUUCGUUCUAGCAGUAGAGAGGUUUUUAUCCAUCGUGUACAGCACGAAGCCUCGUUAUCGCUUGAUGUUGAGGUCUUGCGUGGUCGUUAUUGCCGUAAUUUGGAUAUACUCUCUUUUGCUUGCUGUCCUCCCACUAGUAGGGGUCGCAGAUUAUUCAAUAACUCUGUUUUGUGUGCCGAUUUACCCAGUCAAGUCUAUCCCGGCGCAGUUCUGGUUCUCUUUCUACGUCACCGGUACCGUUGCGAUUACGUACCUCGUCACCAUUCCCCUAUACGUAAAACUCUAUCGCGCGGUCAAGAAGUCUGGACUGCGCACGGGCAAACGCAAUGACGUCACGCUUGCAAAGCGAAUCUUCAUUCUUGUCAUGUGCAACAUGUUCUUUUUCUUUUUGCCGGUUGCGAUUUCUCUUAUAUGGUCAUGGUCUGGGACCGUUCGUUCGGUUUCUCGAACUGCCACCGAUGUCUUGACGUCAGCGUUCUCGAUCGUUUGCCUCACAAUUUCAAGUGCAAUAAACCCAGGGUUGUAUGCAUUCCAGAGUAGCUCUUUCCGAGAAGAGCUGAGGUCUUUGUACCGUAGAGUUUUCGGAAAGAGGAUAGGUUUCCGAGGUGUUGGCGAAAGCAGCGCGAGCGGUCCUUCUACAACCGUAACACGUGAUCAGUCGAGGCAGGAUACGUCAGGUAUAUGUCUUGAAGUCGUGAAGGCCGAGGACUUACGAUAGGCUUCCGAAGGAUUGGCGGAAGCAUUAAUCACGAGAUUCGUCUACAUCCUGUGUCACACUUAGGGUUGACGCGUUCGGUGUAUGUUCCCAAGUGUAAAGAAGAAAAUACCACGUAAAACACGCACAGUCAAAUAAACUCUAAGUAAAAACAAGUCAUUCGAUGUCGAAAUAAGGAAACAAAAAGAUAUGUCAUGUUUUUAAGCCUAAGAAAUUAUCAUCGGAUGACAAAAGUGAAAUAUAAAAUGGAAAUAAAAGUACAAUAUUUUUUACAGCAUUUGCAUAAUUGAUAUUACAUAAAGCAUUUCUAAAAGAUGCUUAUAUCUCAUGGUCAUAAUGAAAUAAAUUCAAAUAAUAUUG